GAGUCGCAGAGUCGCGGAGCAGCUAACGGGCUAACAUGCUAACAUGUCAGCGCGGCGUUUUUAUCACUUUUUAACUUGUAAAACACGAAGAAGAGUUGAGGAAGUGUUCCUCCGCGCCACGUGAGCGGCUGUGCGGCGGCGGGGGCCGAUGGGAAGACGAACACACACUUUUACCAACUCAACCAGGUCAGUCGGAGCUAACGCCGCCGCUAGCCGCUAGCCGCUAGCCGGGUAAAGUUCCCCAGGAAGCGGAGCGGAGCUGGAAGCCGAGCGGCGGCAUGUCGCAGCCGUCCCUCCUGUCCUCCCUGCUCCGGGCGGCGGAGGACGCCGAGCUCAGAGGAGCCGCCGAGCUCAUCAGAGACCGGCUGUACUUCGCCACGUUACGAAGCAAACCCAAAAGCACGGCGAACACACACUACUUCUGCACCGACGACGAGUUCCUGUACGAGAACUUCUACGCAGACUUCGGCCCUCUGAACCUGGCCAUGCUGUACAGAUACUGCUGCAAACUCAACAAGAAACUCAAGUCUUUCACACUGACCAGGAAGAGGAUCGUUCACUACACCAGCUUCGACCAGAGGAAGAGAGCCAACGCCGCCGUGCUCAUCGGAGGCUACGCCGUGAUCUAUCUGAAGAAGACUCCAGAAGAAGCGUACCGAGCUCUUAUCUCCGGCUCCAAUGCCUCCUACCUGCCCUUCAGGGAUGCUUCCUUUGGGAACUGCACCUACAGCCUGACUGUCCUGGACUGUCUGCAGGGCGUCAGGAAGGCUCUGCAGCAUGGCUUCUUUGACUUCGAGACCUUCGAUGUGGACGAGUACGAACACUACGAGCGGGUGGAGAACGGAGACUUUAACUGGAUCGUCCCGGGGAAGUUUCUGGCGUUCAGCGGGCCGCACCCCAAAACCAAGAUGGAGAACGGUUACCCUCUGCACGCCCCUGAGGCCUACUUCCCCUACUUCAGGAAGCACAACGUCUCCACCGUCAUCCGUCUCAACAAGAAGAUCUACGACGCCAAGCGCUUCACGGACGCCGGCUUCGACCACUGCGACCUCUUCUUCCUGGACGGCAGCACGCCCAGUGACAUCAUCCUGCACCGCUUCCUGCACAUCUGUGAGAGCACCGACGGCGCCGUGGCCGUCCACUGCAAGGCGGGUCUGGGCAGGACGGGCACUCUGAUUGGCUGUUACUUGAUGAAACAUUACCGCUUCACGGCAGCAGAGGCCAUCGCCUGGAUCCGGAUCUGCCGGCCGGGCUCUGUGAUUGGCCCGCAGCAGCACUUCCUGGAAGAGAAGCAGGCCAUGCUGUGGUUGCUAGGAGACAGCCAGACCACCCAGAAGGCCAAGCUGGAGGAGCGAGCUGUGCCACGCCUCAUCACCAGCAUGGACGAACUCACCAUAAGCCCCGCCCUCAAUAUCACUAGCUCCGCCCACAUCACAAGCUCCGACCAGCUGCAAGAGAGGGAAUUAGGAGAAAGCGGGGUGGGACUGACCCAGGGAGACAAACUACGAGCCUUAAAGGGGCGGCGUCCCCCCCGCCCCGCCACCACAGGAGCCUUGAGGCUGGAGGAGAUGAAGAUGCACAGCAGGUCGACGUCCCAGCCGUUCAGAAUGCAGAUGGGACUCGGCCAAGGCCCUGCCUCUCCCCUCAAGUCCUCCAAACUCCCAGCAUCCUCUGCUUCUGCCGCAGCCAAGAGGAUUGGACGAACUCCAUCAUCAUCAGCAUCCAACUUCAGGAGCACCGCCAUCAACUCCAGGCUCGCCAGUUCCCUCGGUGACCUGUACAGCGCCGACGCCGCUGAGGAGGACAGGAACCCCCCCUACGCCGCUCUGCCUCCUCCCUCCUCCUCCUCUUCAUCCAUCCCCGCCCCCGCCACUCUGCCUCGGUAUGCUAACGGGCUGCGUAACCCUCAGCAUGAAGUCAACAACAACGCUCAGUACAUGGGCUCUGUGGCGUCCCCUGCGGGUAGUGCAGGGACAGGCCCGGCCUUUGGCCACCCGGGCAGGCCAGGGGCGCAGGAAUUCGGCCCCUACCGGUCCCAGCAGGGCCCCUACAGCGCUCUGAAGGGUCCGUCCGGACGCUACCUCAGCCGCUCCAUCCCUUCCCUUCAGUCUGAGUACAUCCAGUACUAGAGCCGCCGCCCCGCGCUGAGCGCCCCGCAGGAAGCCACCCCGAAUCCUGCCCGCUUACCCAGAAUCCCCCCUGCUGUCUCUGGACCCCCCGCUCUCUUGGAUGGUAAAAGGGAAGUGACGCGGCAGUUUGUUGUACAGAGAGCUUGCACAGUGACUGAAGCCACAUUUUGUUUCAUACUGUAUGUAAAUGAGCUGUAUGUAAAUGAGCUGUAUGUAAAUAUCAUGUAGUCUGCACACUUCUGUUUGGCUGAAGAAGGCGAUUAUAUAUUUAGAUAAGAGAAGCUAUUUUAUAUUUCUGUACGUACUGAAGAAAGAAGACAUAUUUUUGUCGGGUGGGUUUUGUUUAAAGAGAUGAUUCCAGUUUUUGAUAAGGUUUGUAGCUCCACCCCCACCCCCCACCAGGUGAAGCCCCACCCCCUUCAUCUGAUCAUGACCACCAAUCAGAUCCUUCAUCACGUUUAUCACAGCAUCCGAACUCUGGCCUUUAUUUUCCUCCAAAUCCAGAGAGGAAUUCCCAGCAUCCAGACUCAGGGGAACACCGCCGUGUGUGUGUGUGUGUGUGUGUGUGUGUGUGUGUGUGUGUGUGUGUGUGUGUGUGUGUGUGUGUGAGAGAGAGAGAGUGUGUGUGUUUAUUAUGCAGAAGUUAAACCCACAUUCCUCUGCACUGAGCAGACUCGGGUUUCAGUUGUGUCUGUGUGUGUGUGUGUGUGUGUGUGUGUGUGUGUGUGUGUGAGCAGGGAGAGCGGGCCCACGCCGCUGUGUGUGUGUGUGUGUGUGUGUGUAGCGUGUUGGGAGAGUGUGUGUCCAGAUGCUCCAGUAAACACAGAAGCAGCUGAUAUUCGGAAUCUUCAGUAUGAUCAUUUUGAUUGACAGGACGUUAGAUAGAGAAACCGGUCAGACUCCGCCUCUCGGCCUGAAAAACAGAGAGACAACGGCGAGUGGGCGGGGCCUCGUUUCCCUUUCCAGUGGAUUUGUGAUUAAUUGAGUUUGACAAAGACAGGAAGUUGUAGCGAGUUUUACUUAGUUUUAGAAACUUGCAGUUUUAAAAGAUAUAAAAUUCAGUAUAAUGUUAAAUAUUUUGUUAAUUCAAGGCGAGGCUGGUCUGCAUCUCUAGCACUGCAUGUUUCAGCUUUACCACAAAUUAAUAUCGCUAAGCAUUGUCCUAGAUUAGUAAUAAUCAGCCCUGAAAAAGCUGGUGAACACAGGUGCUGGCAGGAAGUGGGCGGGGCAUCCGUGGAAAUUAACUCAGAGAACAGAAGCAGCACAGAGCGGCAUCGCCCCCUGCAGGACAGACAGGAAGCUGCGGCUGCGUUUGACGCUCCGCAGUCAGUUUUUUUAAUAAUGACAAGUUAGUAUUGUUUUAUUGUUUUAUUGUACAGGCGUUCGGCGUUUGUGUCCGAAUCGACCCGAGCCCCAUCGCUAGGGUUCCUUUACCGCCCGUCCUACGUGUUGCCUUCAGUGUCAUCAUGUAAACUGUACGGGAAGCUGCUCAGAUCAGACAGUACGUCCGUCGUUAUUCACCAAAAUAACGCCAACGUGACCAAACCUGACCCAAACCUGAACAUAAUUUCUAAAGUUUUGUCCAAGCCUGGCGGGACUUGGCGUGUCGGGCGGGCUUCCACACUCUGGUACUGACAGGAGGCUCCGUUCAAAUCCGGACUGAACUCUGGGAUUAAAUGAGUUCAGCUGGUGCCGACUGGCAGGAACCAAAACUCACUGGAUGACUUCACUCUGUCAGCUGUGUGACCGGUGAACUUUGACCUUCCUGUCACGGGACGGACUGAAAGACAGGGAAAGGUCACGGCCUGUUUUCACUCUGAUUAACUCAUCAGAGCGACGCCGGCGUUUUAUUGGCUGAUUAUAACUUCUCUGUAUCUGUUCCUCCAUCAUGAGCAGCUGCUGACCCGACUAACAGUUGGUCUUUUAGCCUUUAGAAAGGGAAGUUUGACACUUUUUUGUCUCUUGAAAAUGGGAAAACCAGUUCUGAAAUGACAUGAAUGUAAAUCCGUCCUGUGCUCUAACCCUGCUAGCCUUUUUUAAGAUGUAAUUACAAUUAUUUGUGAAAGAAUCAGUGAGGAAACGCGCACCAGCACUUGAUGUUUUGUCGGCGGUCACGGUGGGGCUGUAACUCUGGUGAAGGUCCAUGUUGUUAUCAUUCUUACUGUACUGAGCAGGAGCCUGUAGCUCUCCAGCUGUUUGUCUCCAGACAGGCUAAAAUGUAUGAAGGAAGUAUUAAAUAUCUGUUGUGCAGAGGGACUUUUCUGAGGUGUGAAGCGACGCUGCAGCAGUUUCUACCUCCUCUGGACGGCUGCCUCUUAUUUUCUCCAGCAGCUGUUUACAUGUCACACUCGCAGAGCCUUAAGACACCCGGUGAGGAAUAUUAUAGCACCUUGUCAGGUAGUAGAUGUCCAAAACACGUUCUCACACACACACAUCCUGAAAUAAAAUUAAAAAAAAAAAACAAGCACAGAGCGUCAGAGUCUCAUCAUGACUGUUUUUAUCAGUUUUAUAUCGCAGCUCAUUGCCUCUGACUGUUUCAGUGAAAGGGAAAGUUCAGCCCUCAACACAAUAAUCAUCGUUAAAAACCUCCGAUUUGUGCUUUCUGAUGUGUUUCUGCUGCCGUUUGGCUGUUUGACGGCGUGUAAGCCGGGGCCGGGUCACCUGCAGCUGUGUUCUGAUUGGACGAGCUGGCUGGCCGCUUCUUACAUGGCGGGGAAGGCGGAGCAAAUUAUUUAAAAGGAGCAAAGCGAAGCAACAAGACAGAAACUAGAAAUGAACCGAAAUCGGAGCAAAUUCAACAGAUUCCUGUCAGCUGAGCUCAGUUUACCUGUGAACCACAGUCGAGACGCCAGCCAGAAAAUCACUGGAAUAUUUGAUAAAUAAAGGAAUAAAUAGAUAAAUAAGUAACAAAACUUCCAAAAAGUCCAAACUUAAAUGAAAAUGUUGUGGAAGGUCAGCUGAGGUUGGCGGUGCCGAGCAGAGGAAGCUCAGCAGAAAGCACGGCGCCGUCAGUCCAACACACCUGCAGAACGUGACAUCAUCGUCUUCAUGUCCUGUGAUUGGAGGGAAGCGGCAGAGGGGCGUGUCAGAGAGAUGAAGUGCCUCACAUUAACCCUUUAACCCCCGGCGGGGCGAGCGGGGAGUUUUUUGUCCCUCACGGGUUGCUGUUCUGUUAACCUCCGUCACGCUCUUUUAACCUGAGCUGCUUCACUGAUCAACACGUUGUGUAGGAAAGUGAUAAACGAUGAGAACAUUUGUACCUGAUUUGUUUCUGUUCACUGACGGGACGCUGUGUAGACGUCCUGCAGACAAAAGGGCAAAUAAAAUUUUUGUUCUGACACUA